AUGCCAACAACAUACACAAACCUUGACCUGGUCAAGCAAUGCGACAAAUUUCCGUAUGCUCAGACCGAGCCCGAGACCUACGCCCGCGAGGUCUCGGCAAUCUAUAAAUUCCAUGUGGAAGGAUGUAGCUCCGUGCUGGGCUUCAUGCUUCCCUCCAUUGUCCAGGACUUCCAGUGGUCCAGCGCCUGGAAGGUGGACCACCAGCGCAAGACGGUGCUGCUCUGCGGCGCAAGCGUCGGCGAGAGGGACGAGAACAUGGCCCGGACCCUUGCCGCCGAACGCCAGCGGUCCCACUUCAAGGUCCUCACCGGCUGGCGCGACGAGCUCUACCCGGUCUACGGGCCGGACCAUGACGUCCUCGUCAACGUCGAACGCGCCGCCAGCCCCCUGUUCGGCGUCGUGACGUACGGGGUCCAGAUGACGGCGUACGUCAAGACGGACUUGGGGCUGCAGGUGUGGGUGCCGCGCCGCGCCGCGACCAAGCAGACGUACCCGGGCAUGCUCGAUGACACGGUCGGCGGGGGCAUCUCGAGCGGCGACGCGCCCUUCGCCAGCGUAGUGCGCGAGGCCGCCGAGGAGGCCUCGUUCCCGGCCGACUACGUCGCGCGCAACGCCCGCUGCUGCGGCCUCGUCAGCUACUUCGACGUGCGCGACCAGCGCGCCGCCCCUGGCACCGAGACCGGCCUGCUGCAGCCCGAGUGCAUGUACGUCUACGACCUCGAGGUCCCGCCCGACUUGGUCCCACGGCCCAACGACAACGAGGCCGAGGACUUCCGCCUGCUGCGCCUGCCCGAGCUGUGCGCCGCGCUGCGGAGCGGCGAGUUUAAGACCAACUGCGCGCUCGUGCUGAUCGAUUUCUUCGUCCGUCACGGCAUCGUCACCCCGGAGGGGGAGAGGGAUUAUGUCGAGAUUGUCGCGCGGCUUCACCGGCGGCUGGAGUUUCCGUGUGCUUGA